AUGGCGCUCUCCAGUUUUGCCUGGCCGGCCUUUUGGCUCUCCCUUUCGCUUCUCCUGUCCUUUCUCAUCCUGCGACAGCGGGAGAAGCUGCCGCGGCAUGUCCUGGCCGCCCUGCUCGUGGCCGUCGUGGCUAUCGGCCUCCUGGGGGCUGACAUCGAGGUCCUGCGCAAGCUGCCGUCGCUCUCACCCCUCGCCGAGCAGCUCAAGGUGACGGUGCAGAUCUGGGUCAACAUCUGGAGGCUCGACGAUCACCGGCUCAGCCGGUAG